AAGAAGCAAAGCAACCACAGCAACCACAGCAACCACAGCAACCACAGCGAAACGAGCACCAGACGAGCAGCAGUCUUCACAGCAGCAGUCACCGCAACACACUCCCACGCAGAGGGUUCUUUCUUUUUGCUGUCUCCGAGUGUAUCUCGCCUUGACCAUGUCCAGCGUGUCGCCACAGCUGCAACAGCUUGCAGACAGUCACAAGCACACGGUCAACUCGUACGCGUCCUUCAAGAACAAGGACGAGCAGCGCAGGGCCGCAUCCCCCGACUCUGGGCUUGCGUCUCCGGCUGUUCGGCAACGUGCGUCUGUGCAAAUGGACAACUCACAGCGUCAGCGGCAAACGCCGCAGCAGCUCCGGCGCACACGGUCCACCCCGUCUCGCCAGCACUCCCGCCGCAGGCGGUCAUCGCUGAGCACGGUGCCGGAUGAGCUGCCGGACACGCUUGAGCGCCUGCCGUAUGUGCGCCAGCGCCAGGCUGCAGAGGCAAGGCGCAAGCGAUACCUCCACGACCAGCUCCGAAAGAUCACUGCAGCUGAGCGGGAGGCGCAGCUUCUCAUUCAGAAACAACGCCGUCAAAUCGAGCUGGCAAAGGACACUACCAUGCGUGAGCGCGCCUUGCGCAAGAAGGAAGAAGAGGACGCACGCGAGAUGAACCGCAUCAAGAACCUGGUGAUGGAGAAGCACGAGUCGCGCCAGCGGCGGCAGGAGCUGCUGAAGAAGCACCAGAUGACCAAGCGUCAGAAGGCGCUCGAGGAAAAGCACCAGACCGAAGAGAUGGUGGAGGAAGCCCAACGCAAGCGCGAGCGCGAGCUGGAGGAGAUGCAGCGUCGCCGCGCCCUUCAGGCCGCCGAAGCAGAAGAAGAGCGCGCUGCCCGCGAACGCAAAGCCGAGCAAGAACGGCUGCAGCGCCUGAACGAAGCGCGCAAGAUGAAGCGGCUGGCCCAGGAGCGCGAGCGAAAGCUGCAAAUGGAGGAAGAAAAGCGACUGCAGCGCCUGCAAGAACAGGAAGCGCGUGAGCGAGCCGAGCGCGAGCAGAAGAAGAAGGAGCGCGAGGAGCUGAUUCGGCGGCGCGGGCAGGAGGCGCGGCAGCAGAAGGUGGCGGUGAAGCGGCAGAUCAGCCGGCAGCAGGAGCAGCUCAACAAGGAGAUGGAGGAGAAGCGCGAGUGGAACAUCAAGAUGAAGGAGCGCUCAAAGGAGGCCCGCCAGCGGCAACUGGAGGAGCACCAGAGCCGCCUCCGCCGCGAGAAGGAAGAGGCACGGCGCCGGCAGAGCGAACUGCAGAAGAUGAUGGCUCUGCAGAAGCAGCAGGAGCGUGAAGCGAUUGUUGCCGCGAAGAAGGCCGCCCUCGAACGCCAGAAGCAACGCGAGGCUGCCAUGCAAGAGGCUGCACGCAAGCGCCAGAUUGCGCAGAAGCGCGCACGGGAGGAGGCAGAACGCCGCCUGCGCGAGGAGGAAGAGCAGCAGCGUCGCGAGGAAGAGCGCAUGGAGAAGGAAAUCCAAGCCAAGGUUGCCAAGGCGAAGCGGGAGGCCGACCGCAAGAUGCGCCUCCUCCGCAAGAUGGAGAGCGCUGCCAAGGACGCUGCCACAUCGUAG